CCGCCGAUGAACGGUUGCUUUUCCUCUUGUCCAAAACAUCACUUUUGCGCACAAACGGAAAGACUUGGUCCUCCUCUAAAUCGGCGGUCGAGGCUCUGUUUUCCUCUUGCUCAUCAAAAGCAUUUUCAUUUCUUUCGUCCUUUUCUAUUCUUGCGGCUAGCCAUUUCAGGAUAUCGGUCUCACCGGCGACAUUCCAACAGCCCACGAUGUUGAACAUAUGGUCUAUGAAAAAAAAGCAAAAAGAAGCUGAGAAUGCUGAAGGUCAGGCCGCUGGGGGGAAGAGGAAGAAGGUGACGGCGGCGCAGCUGCGAGUGCAGAAAGAUUUAUCAGAACUAUCACUCGGCGCCACGAUGAGAACGGAUUUCCCGGAUCCUGACAACAUCCUCAACUUUAUCCUGAGUAUCGAGCCGGACGAGGGCAUGUACCGAGGGGCAAGAUUCACCUUCGACUUCGCCAUCAACCAGAACUUCCCCCACGAGCCCCCGAAAGUACGAUGCAUGGAAAAGAUCUACCACCCUAAUAUCGACCUGGAAGGCAAAGUUUGCUUGAACAUUCUGCGGGAGGACUGGAAGCCAGUGUUGAAUCUGAAUGCUGUCAUCGUGGGACUGCAGUUCUUGUUCUUAGAACCCAAUGCUUCAGAUCCGUUGAACAAAGAGGCUGCUGAUGACCUGCGAAGCAACCGAGAAGGCUUCAAGAGAAACGUACGAACGGCCAUGAGUGGAGGAACUAUUAAGGGUACUACAUAUGACCGGGUACUGAAAUAGACGUGAAGUUUUUGAGAGGAAAGGGGGGGGAGGUCGUGAAAAGAGGAUGGGCGAGACGACAACGAGAACACCCGACAUACCAUAUAAAGGACAUAUAUCGUCCGAUAUCCAUUUUUCCUAUAUUGGAGAUAUGGCGCUUCCACGCCUCAGCUUCCGCUGGUGUUUGAACCAAGGAGAACAUGGUGCCCAAUGCUUUCUUUCUUGGCGAGACCUAGCUAUGGGGUUCAACUUAUCUAUAUACUACCUUUCAUUAAGUCCAUAGCACUUAGCAUAGAAAUACAUGGCGUUCAUUGCGUAAUAUGAGGUUGAGU